AUGAAUCCCUCCGGGAACAAUCGUUCCCAGGAGGAGCUUUUUCUAAACAGCCCUGAUAAUCAACAGGAGGGUGAGUCCCCAGUAAUUGGGCCGUUGCGCAUCAGCAAACGAGAGACUCCCUCACCGGCUUCUGCGGGUGCUGCUCCUCUACCAUACCCCGACGACCGGCCAAGGCUGCAGCAGCAUGCCCGAGUUUCAGGCUCAAGUGGUUCGAGCCCAAUAGCCCAAGCAGGUAGACAGAGUGCAUCUCCGACGUCCAGUGGAGGACUAUCGCCAGUUGACUACCCGGCCGCUUUGCGACCCCGGGAUGGCCGCGAGCCAAAACAAUCGACCUUGGCUGAACGACGAGGGAAUGCGCCCAAACCGCUACCGGAGUCUCCCAUAGUCGACACGGCUGACAGAGAGGCUUUCGCUGCUAGGAUGAAACAGCGGGCUCCAGGACCUCCAGUCGAUAGUCCGUCGCAAAGUAUGGCGUACCCAAAUUAUAACCAGCACUAUUACCCUCCCCCGCAGCCCUCCACCUCCGCGAGACCAGCGUCCCGCACGGCGUCGCAGAAUACACAACCGCCACAGCACGGUAUCAACCGCUUUAGCUCUACAGCUUCCACAUCAACAACCCGUGCCGAGCGCGGGUCUCCUCCACCUCCGGAAACACCCAUCGUUGAACCCGGACAGCACCCGGCUUCUGAUAUUGAGGCUCGCUAUGCCGCCUCGGGAAUUGCGGGCACCUCGACCCUGACCGGGCUGCAGGCUCAAAGCGCUGCAGCGCAGCGAAGAGCAGAACAAUACGCUGGACAGCAGCCUAGAAACCCGGUUCAGCGGCCGUGGACACCGACUGAGCUGCCAGGGUCUCAUCCCCAUGGGCCGCCCACCGUAUAUCAGGGCGCUGAGGUGGUCGCGUUACAGACAUCAAACCAAAGUGCAAGCCCUUAUCCUUCUAACAUAGCUGCGGCUUCGUCUCAAGCGCCACACUCUCAGCAGCCGGCGAGAAUACCGAACAACGCCCUCGAACAAGACUUGGAGAGGAUGCGCAUCAGUUCGUCGCCCCCUCCAGCUUACUCAAGCGUACCUCGCCCAGCCUCCACUUCUCAGGGCUAUUCGAAUGAAAAGCAGCGUCUUGCAGCUGCAUCAAACCAAUCGAAUCCCGCAUCAGCACAGCAACCUGCUGCUGCUGCUACGGCGACAGCCGCGGUGGCUGGAGCUGCUGCACCCAUGGUCUCGGCCCAGGACCAUCCGGCAUUUGCCAACGAUCCAAGACAGCAACAGCCACCGCAGGUAUCAGGACCAUCGCCACAAAACGACGUGCAAAAUGGUGGCCAGCAAGACCAGCAUCCGGCUUUCCAGGCCCAGCAAGCACAGGCCAGUGCAGUUCCAGUUAGUGCUACGAGUUUGCCCCCGGCAUCGCCUCCUCCGCUCCCAGAAGGCUGGAUUGCACAUCUGGACCCAAACUCUGGCCAGUACUACUAUAUCCAUCUCCCUACGCAGUCCACUCAAUGGGAGUUCCCCAAAGGGCCUACGCCGCUAAAUCUCAACGAAGCACCUAUGUCUCCGGUUGGAAGUGUGUACAGCGCCCAUCCCUUAGCCUCGCCGGGCCUUUCAGCCUUUGGCAAACCAUUAGCAUCUCCAGGCGUCCCAAUGACGCCUGGGUUUGAAAGCCUACAGUCUCCAGCUGUCGCGGGGUUUAGUGGCCCCCCCCCAAGUAGUGGCGUGGAAUUGUACAAGGUAGCGCCGACUAACGGAGUAUAUUUUGGUCCUUACCUGCGCUAUGCAAACAUGGAUGUUCAGCGCGGCAUAUGGUUUGGGUCUAUUCUUCUAGUUACUGAUGCCGGUCAGCCACCCACUAUCCAUAUCCAUCAGAGUAUCGAUCUUUCUCCAAAUCCACGCCAGUUGAAGGCGAUGGCUAUCUCUACGCACCAACGGUGGACAUUCUACAAAUAUGAGAUCGAUUUAAAGAUGGAAGAGUCAGGUCCCGCCAAAUGGACAUACGCCAUCACGUCGCACCUUGGCUGCACACGCUACGAGUUCUUAGUUGCCGGUCAACACGAGACGAGCUGGCGCUUUAUUGCCACUUCAGGCAAUGACUUCUCACUCAACGUCAAUGAGAACGACCGCUCACGACUGGGGGGAGUGGGCCUCAUGUGGAAGGAUAUCAUGCAGAAACACACUGAGAUUGGCGGGUUCCACGCUCAGUUGUGUUUAGGAGGCCAGAUCUAUGCCGACCGCAUGUGGAAAGAGAUUCCAUCGCUGAAGCAAUGGCUCUUAAUCCGAGGAAAAGAAGCUAGGAAGACUGCGCCUUGGACGGCCGCCCAUGAGCAAGACGUUUCUCACGGGUACUUCCACUAUUACACGAGUCAUUUUGACCAGCCAUACUUGAGGGAGUCAUUUGCUCAGAUCCCAUAUGUUUGCCAAAUUGACGACCAUGAUAUACAAGCUGACAUGGCUAGUUUCGACGGCUUCGGCUCAUACCCUGAGCAUAUGCAAUUUUCCAAUAUGUUUAAGAACAUCGGCCGCAUUGGGAUUGAAAUGUACUUACUCUUCCAGCACCACACGACACUCGAUAUCCUCCGUAAUGUUAGCACCGACCAUGAUUUAUUUACCAUCACAGGUACCGGCUGGCAUUUCGUCAAAUACCUCGGGCCAGCCGUAGUCCUCGUUGGUCUCGACUGUCGGUCAGAGCGCAACCAACACCAGGUACUCGCUGGACCGACAUACCAAGGCAUCUUUCCCAAGAUCGCCAUGCUCCCUCCCACAGUUCAGCAUUGCCUGUGGAUGGUCUCAAUACCCCUUAUUUACCCACGCCUGGAAACAGCCGAGCACAUCGCUCAAACAUUUACAACCGGCAAGCGAGCCGUCACUGGCGCUUAUAACGUCCUUGGCAAGGUUACCAGCUCCGUUGCGGGCGUAGUGGGAGCAAAGGACGUCGUCGGAUCCGGAUUCGAUUCCGUUAAGCGAGCCGUCGGCAAAAGUGGUCUCAUGGGUGGAAUACUAAGCCCAUUCGGUGAAUUCGAUCUGCUUGACGAGCUCCGUGAUCAAUGGACUCAUGAGUCAAAAGACUUAGAGCGAACCUACCUAAUUCGCACCCUCCAAGGAAUAGCACACCAGAAAUCUCUCCGAAUGACCUUCCUCUCAGGUGCAGUCAAUGUCUGCGGCGCUGGCCUCGUCCACGACCCAGCGCACCCCUCAGACCACAAAACAAUGUACCAGCUCAUAUCCUCUUCCGUUGUAAACAGCCCUCCACCUUCAUAUAUCAUCAAAAUGCUCCACUCGAGCAACAAGCCCCUCUACGUCCCAGCAAACGGCCACCGCUCCACCCCUUCCCAGCCCUCCGACACGAAAGAGGACAUGAUGGAGAUCUUUCAGAAUGACGUUACUGGCCAGGCGCGUGAGCAUAAAAAGCUCAUGGGUAGACGGAAUUACGUGGCCAUCGUCGCCUAUGACCCGGAUUCUAUUGGCGGUAGCCAGAUGUCUCUUGCAAUGUAUGGGCAGCAGGGCGGUGGUCUACACUUCCCCGCUGGCAACGGGAAGUUGAAUCUCGCUAUUGAUUUUAUGGUGCAGGGGGAUGGGUCGUUUGGGCAGGUGGUUAAGUAUGGACCGGUUAUUGUGCCGAGUUUAGAGCAUGGGAAGUGAUUGAUGCCGAGUCUUUUUAAUGUAUUUGAUUUCCAGAUUCGCGUUACUUUGUCUUCCUUUCUUCUUGUCCUGUUUAUACCUUCUCAUCUUGUCCGAGAUUUCUGCAUCGAUAUCUCUCCUCUUAUACAUCGUAUCUAUGUCACUGGUUGAUAUAUCAACCUCAAGUGCUGCUUUCAUCUGAUGGGUUAGCGUUUUCCGUUUUGUCUGUCAUCUCUCUUACAUAACGGGAUGU